UUAUCAGUCUUAGUCCGGCAGUACUACGAAUGGGUUGAUAAUAUUGAUAAAUUCCGAUAAAGCCGAUUGUUGCCUUUCCUUAUACCAUUUCGCGUUUGAGAACUAUGUGUUAACGUUUAGUUUUAAAUUUUUUUUUAUCUGUUUUAUGAGUGUUUUAUUAUUUAAAAAUGCGUGAAAUAGUGCACGUACAAGCUGGGCAAUGCGGAAAUCAGAUUGGAUCAAAGUUCUGGGAGAUAAUAUCAGACGAGCAUGGCGUCGAUCCUUCAGGAUAUUCUAAUGGUGAAAAUCCAUUGCAGCAAGAGAGGAUUAAUGUUUAUUACAACGAAGCAUCUUCUGGAAAGUACGUACCACGAGCUGUUCUGGUAGAUUUAGAGCCGGGAACCAUGGAUUCUGUGCGCUCCGGACCUUAUGGCCAACUGUUCAGACCUGACAACUUCGUGUUCGGACAGAGUGGCGCUGGUAAUAAUUGGGCGAAGGGACAUUACACAGAAGGUGCGGAGUUAGUGGACUCUGUGCUAGAUGUCAUAAGGAAGGAAGCUGAAGGUUGCGAUUGUUUGCAAGGAUUCCAGUUGACCCAUUCACUUGGUGGAGGCACUGGGUCAGGAUUGGGUACGUUGCUGCUGAGUAAAAUCCGUGAAGAAUAUCCAGAUAGGAUUAUGAAUACAUUCAGUGUUGUGCCAUCUCCUAAGGUGAGCGAAGUUGUCCUAGAGCCGUACAACGCGACAUUAUCAGUACAUCAACUGGUAGAAAACACAGAUAUGACGUUCUGCAUUGACAAUGAAGCUCUGUACAACAUCUGCUUCAGAACGUUACGACUUGCAAGCCCUAGCUACGGUGAUCUGAAUCAUCUGAUAUCGUUGACAAUGUCCGGUGUAACAACUUGUCUGCGUUUUCCCGGACAACUGAAUGCUGAUUUGAGAAAGUUAGCUGUUAAUAUGGUGCCGUUUCCCAGACUACAUUUCUUUAUGCCCGGUUUCGCGCCGCUAACAGCUCGCAAUGCGUUCAAUUAUCGCGCACAGACUGUGCCUGAACUUAUGAGUCAGAUGUUCAAUCCUGGUAACAUGAUGACAGCAUCAGACCCUCGACAUGGUCGCUAUCUGACUGUAGCUACGAUGUUCAGAGGACAGAUGUCGAUGCGAGAAGUUGAUGAUCAAAUAUUGGCCAUACAGAAUAAAAAUUCCAGUUAUUUCGUGGAAUGGAUCCCCAACAAUCUGAAAGUAUCUGUAUGCGAUGUGCCGCCGCGCGGACUCAAAAUGUCCGCAACAUUCAUCGGCAACUCCACAGCAAUUCAAGAGAUAUUUAAACGUAUUUCAGAGCAAUUUACAGCAAUGUUUAGAAGAAGGGCAUUCCUGCAUUGGUAUACUGGGGAAGGUAUGGACGAAAUGGAGUUCACAGAAGCGGCCAGCAACAUGGCUGACCUCAUAUCGGAAUAUCAACAGUAUCAGGACGCUCAAGUAGAUGACGAAGAAAUCGAGUUCGAGGAAGAAGAAGAACAGCAAUAUAGAGAUAUUUCACAGAUGGCGCGCUAAUCGCAUUUAU